AACAAUUGUACGUUUUCUGUUCAUUUUGGAGCAUCACACAGUAAUUACAGACAGACGUAAUUCAUGGUGUAUUACUCUAAGAUGUAGCUUUUGGCAUCUUAAGUGUAUAAUUGUUCAUAUAUUAUAAUCGUUGCGCAAUUAGUUAUUUAAUUAUUGUUAUUAUUAAUUUAAUUAAAAUUUGUAUUUAGAUUUAUCGAAACAACUUAAACUAUAUAUACAUAUAUGUAACUAUCUCUUAAACUCAUAAGUGGUUGUUAUAAAAUAGUGAAAUUUAUUUAUUCCAUGACUCCGUCAUCUAAUAAUACAUGCUCGUGAAUUUUUCUCGCAUUCAGUUGACCAUCGACUCAAUCGCAAUAAUCAUCCACUUAUUUCCCGUUAGCGGAAAAUGACAGUAUUAGAGGCAGAAGAAGAUUCGGAUGAACGAUCCGUUCCCCCUAGGAAAAAAUUUUGCUUGUCACUUUCACGACGCGAUCAUAACAUUAACAAGACAAUUACACAGCCCCCUCACUCGUCUACACGAGGGGGCUUCUACGAAGAUCAAGAUCUUCCUUACAGCACAAGCAAAAUGUUGAAUGGAUAUCGAAGUCAAUUGGGAAAUCAUCAAGACUUAUCAUAUGACAUUAUUGGAGGUGGUUCAGAUGGAUUGAGAAUAGCGACUCUUUGUAAUCUUGGAAAUACAUGCUUUUUAAAUAGUGUUAUUUACACCCUACGCUUUGCACCCUCAUUUUUGCAUAACUUACAUCAUCUUGCGACAGAUCUGUCCAAUCUUAAUGACAAACAAUUACAAACAAAGGUGAAAUCAUCCUCUCUUGGUCGCACUGGGGUAUCCUUGACAUCAAGUGGCAAUAGAAGUUGGAGCAGUAAAGAUUUAUCAGCUUUAUCAGGUAUCAGUGAACUAAACAAACCAAGAAUACAAGUUGCUACUGAAAAGCUUCACGAAUUAUUCGCGGCUUUAAGGAUCAGUGAAACAAAGGAUAGCUGUGAACCUUAUCAACCUGAUGCUUUUCUUCAAGCUUUGAGGGAUGUUAAUCCAAUAUUUGAAGGUAAUCAGCAACAAGAUGCACAUGAGUUGUUGGUUUGUUUACUGGACAAUAUCCGCGAGACAUUUCAAUUGCUAGUACGGCAUAGAGAAAGUCAAUUUGGUCAAAGCAAUGGUGGUAUGAUUGAUUUUACAAUGGAUCGUUUUAUUGAUAUGCAAUUCGAAGGAAGUGGAUCUGGUAAGCGAAGUAUGCGUAAGAAGAAACAAAAAAAGUAUCAGUCAACUCGAGGCAGCGCUACAUGUUUGUCGCAAUCGAGUGUAAAUGGAACCGCAGUAGCUUCAAAACUUGAAAAUGGUCAUGCUGAAUUUAUGGGAAAUAAUGGCGAGCUGUUGUCUCAUCGACCUGAAAGCAAAAAGUGUUUUAUUUCCGAAGAUUUUGAAGGUGUCAGCCUUCUACGUACUACUUGUCUUGAAUGUGAGCAUGUCACAGAACGAAAAGAAACUUUUUGUGACAUUUGCGUGCCGAUUGAAACCGGUAGAUCCAAUGAAAAAGAUGAAAAUGGUAAAUCGAUAGACGGCAGUGAGGUAUACAGGCACUCUGUUGUCACCAGUGAGCUUCUGUGCGGUAGGGACAAAUAUUGGUGCGCCAGCUGCUUGAGAUAUAACGAAGCACGGCGCGCCGUCAGUUUUCCAUCUUUACCUAGGCUUCUAGUUCUUCAACUCAAACGAUUUGCCACUGCAGCUGGUUCUAUGGAAAAAAUAAACAACUACAUGCCAACACCUUUGACAUUGCAAUGUUUCUGCGAAGAAUGCAACAGUGACUCAGAAGAGAACACAUCGUCAAGCCGUAGUCAAGCUUCAUCCGAAUCUCGACACGUGUAUAAACUUUACUCAGUGAUAAUGCAUCAAGGUGCAACAUCCACUGCUGGUCACUACAUUGCUUACACAAAAGUCCCAGAGGAGUCAAUGUUUACUGAAUACUUUCACUGUGAUCGCGAUGCACGUCGUCAAAAUGUCACCCAGAGUAGUAGCAGCAGCAACUCGGCCACAUCAACAUCCUCAAGUAUCCUCAAGUGUUUCCGCAGUAAAUCAAACAUAAGUGAGAGCAAGGAACACUUGAUAAAAAUGGGCUGCAGGAGUAUGGAGUGCUGUGGAAUACGUCGUGUUAAAAAUAAUGCUAACACAUGGCUUGAGUGCGACGAUGAUCUAGUCAGAGCCAUACGUGAACGUGAAUUACUUGAUAAACUAGCCCCCAAUCCUCGUAAUUCAGCGACACCGUAUCUAUUAUUUUACGUGAGGUCUACGACGUAAAAGCAUUCCUUCCUGACAUUGCCUACCUGCCACUAUCUUUUCCUAAUAAAAUGUAUCAAAUGUCUUCAUUUUAAAUUAAACACUAAAUGCCCAUUAA